AUUGAACAUGAAUUUGAAUUAAUUGUUCAUCAUUCUUGAUGAUCGAUAAACAUUAUUUGAAUAAUUAUACCAUACUUAUUAAGAUUAUUGUUUACAAAUAGCAAAUCACGGAUAUGGAUGAAAAUAUCGAUGAUAUAAGAUCAUGUUCUAAGUUGAUAAUGUGUAAUGGUAAUACACUUUAUACUACCAGAAUUUAUGGUGACUUGGAUACUAUCAACAAAUUGAAACAAUCAUCGAAAGUUAAAACACCAAUUAAAAGAUGUGUUCAACCACUGCCAUCAACAGCUGGUACAAGUUUGUCAUUAAAAUCAAAACUAAAACCAAUCAUUGUCAAUUCAAAUAAAAAUGAUGAUGAUGAUGAUACAACUGAUAUUAUGGGCAAAAAUUUAGAUAUUGUUCCAACAUUAAAUGCAGAUGGUAAAGAAGAAUUCAAAUGUCCAAUAUGUAAAUUUACAUUCGUUAGACUAUAUGAUUUAAAACGUCAUUGUCGUACACAUACUGCUGAUAGACCAUUUGCCUGUAAAUAUUGUGGUAAUAUGUUUAAACGAAAGAAAACAUUGAAACUUCAUAUUCGUAUACAUACGGGAGAGAAACCAUAUCGAUGUCCACUUUGUAGCUAUUCUUCCACACAAUCUCAGAAUGUAUACAAACAUAUUCGUAUACAUACGGGCGAAAAGCCAUUCAAAUGCGAUCAAUGUGACAAAAGAUUCUCGGAAAAACAAGGCCUAAAACUUCAUCGUACCAUACAUGAAGCUAAACAAUUUUGCUGUAAAUAUUGUCCAAAUUUUUAUAGCCGUCGAGAUACAUUACGCGCUCAUAUGUAUGAAAAACAUAAAACCGAACGGGAUCGUGAAUAUGAAGCUAUUGUGGCCGAAGUGAUCGAAUUGAAUGCAAAAUGAAUUUUGUGUUCAAUUUCUUUUCUUAAUUUCAUCAUUGUAUUUCUAAUUAUGUAUUGGAAAAAAUGAAUGCAUCACAUUUUUUUCUAUUUUUUAUGUUCUCUAAAAAAUUU